UCCUCCCGUUUUACCCAUUUUAUUAUUACAAUUAUAAUAUCGAAAAGAAAGAAAAGAAAAGAAAACUGGUGGAUGGAUUGUUCCCUCCAGGGUGAGGCACAUAUUGAACGUGACACGGGAGAUCGACAAUUUUUUCCCCGGGAUGUUCACGUAUUUGAACGUGCGCGUGUACGACGACGAGAAGACGGACCUUCUGAAGCAUUGGGACGACACGUUCAAAUACAUCACGAAGGCGAAGAAGGAGGGGUCGAAGGUGUUGGUCCAUUGCAAGAUGGGGGUGUCAAGGUCGGCCUCGGUCGUGAUCGCGUACGCGAUGAAAGCGUACAAUUGGGAUUUUUCCCAGGCGUGGAAACACGUGAAGGAGAAGCGGAAUUGCAUCAAACCGAACAACAGUUUCCUCCUUCAAUUGGAGACGUAUCAGGGUAUAUUGGACGCCAUGAAGAACAAGGAGAAGCUUCAGAGAUCCAAGUCGGACACGAACUUGAAAUCGCCCACCUCGCCCAAGGACGGUGGAUCCUUGAAGAAGGAGGAGAAGUCCGGGAAU